AUGGACACUUCAUCAUCCUCAGAGACCGUGGACAUUGAGCCCGGACACUCUUCUAUUCCAAAACAGCUGACGCUCACGUGGCGGAAUGUUAGCGUGAAUGUCACAGCCCCCGAUGCCGCCCUAGGCGAUACACUAUUGUCAGUGGCCGAUCCACGGCAGAUUUCGGGGUGGUUUAGCAGGAGUCAAAGGCCAAAGAGGACCAUCCUCAAGGACAUCUCUGGCCAACUCCGUCCAGGAGAGAUGUUGCUCGUUCUGGGACGUCCAGGUUCAGGGUGUACAUCAUUCCUUCGCGUAAUCUCCAAUGAUCGCGAAGCUUUCGACGAAGUUGUCGGCGAGACUCGAUAUGGAAGCAUGGACCACAAACAGGCGAAGAAGUACCGGCAGCAGAUCAUGUUUAACAAUGAAGACGAUGUGCAUUUCCCCACGUUGACCGUUAAUCGGACGAUGAAAUUUGCUCUUCGAAACAAGGUUCCCAGGGAACGACCCGACCAUCUGCAUGACCGAAAGGACUACGUCCAGGAGAAAAGAGACGGUAUCCUAGAAUCGCUCGGCAUUCCGCACACAAAGAAGACAUUGGUUGGUAACGAGUUCAUCCGUGGUGUAUCUGGUGGUGAGCGGAAGCGUGUUUCCUUAGCAGAAGUGAUGGCUGGACAGAGUCCUGUUCAAUUCUGGGAUAACCCAACUCGCGGUCUGGAUUCCAAAACAGCGGUUGAGUUUGCUCGCAUGCUGCGACGCGAGGCCAACGAAAACCAGAAGACAAUAAUGGCUACCAUGUACCAAGCUGGAAAUGGUAUUUACGAUGAAUUUGACAAGAUCCUUGUCCUAGCGGAAGGUCUUGUCACCUAUUACGGUCCGCGCGCAAUGGCCCGGGGCUACUUCGAAGACAUGGGAUUCAUCUGUCCCAAGGGAGCCAACAUUGCCGACUUUUUGACAUCGGUUACCGUGGUCACUGAACGGACUGUUGCCCCCGGCAUGGAAGAGAAGGUUCCCAACUCGCCCGCUGAGUUCGAGGCUCGUUACCGCCAGAGUGCAAUCUACUCUCAGAUGAUGAAUGACAUCCAGCCGCCAGAGAAGUUGGUCAAGGAGGAUGAGAAUCUGGCUCUUGCAGUGGCAAUGGAGAAGAGAAAGCAGCAUGUUCCUCGACCUCAAAGUGUCUAUACGACUGGUCUGUGGGAUCAGAUUCUCAGCUGCACCCUUCGUCAAUUCCAGAUCCUGGCCGGUGACAAGCUCUCAAUCGCCAUCAAGGUGGUUUCUGCCAUCUUGCAGGCUCUUGUUUGCGGCAGUCUGUUCUACAACCUCAAGCUCGACAGCAGUUCAAUUUUCCUGCGUCCUGGUGCUCUCUUCUUUCCCGUUCUUUACUUCCUCCUCGAGACAAUGUCUGAAACAACCGGAUCGUUCAUGGGUCGACCUAUCCUUUCCCGUCAGAAGAGGUUUGGCUUCUACCGACCGACAGCUUUUGCUAUCGCCAAUGCGAUCACCGAUAUCCCUAUCGUCUUGGUUCAGGUGUCUUGUUUCUCCUUGAUUUUGUACUUCAUGAGUGCGAUGCAGAUGGACGCAGGCCGCUUCUUCACGUAUUGGAUCAUCAUUAUCGUACAAACGCUGUGCUUCAUGCAAAUGUUCCGUGCGAUUGGUGCCCUGUGCAAACAGUUUGGUAAUGCGUCCAAGAUGACCGGGUUUCUUUCAACUGUCUUUUUCGUCUACGGAGGAUAUCUUAUUCCUUUUGAGAAGAUGCAUGUCUGGUUCCGUUGGAUAUUUUAUCUGAACCCGGGUGCAUAUGCCUUUGAGGCGUUAAUGGCCAACGAGUUCACUGGCCUCGAACUUGACUGUGUCGAGCCUGACUAUAUCCCAUAUGGGUCGGGCUACCCCAGCGGCUCAUCCCCCUACCGCGGCUGCACCGUCAAGGGCAGCAACUCGGAAGGUGUUAUUGAUGGUGCCGCUUACAUCAAAGAGCAGUACAAUUACACCUAUCACCAUGUCUGGCGAAGCUUCGGCAUUAUCAUUGGCUUUUGGGCAUUCUUCAUCUUCCUGACCGCGAUUGGAUUUGAAUUGCGCAAUAGCAGCGCCGGAUCUUCUGUCCUUCUCUACAAGCGAGGCGCCAAGAGCAAGAAGCCAGACGAGGAGAGUAACGUCUCGGCAAAGUCUGAAGGAGCUGUUCUUGCGCAGUCUGGAAAGCAGUCGACGUUUACAUGGAGCAACCUUGAUUACCACGUUCCUUUCCAUGGCCAGAAGAAACAGCUGCUGGACCAGGUGUUUGGAUAUGUCAAGCCGGGUAACUUGGUAGCAUUGAUGGGAUGCUCUGGUGCGGGAAAGACUACAUUGCUCGAUGUAUUGGCUCAGCGCAAGGAUAGUGGUGAGAUCUACGGAUCCAUCCUGAUCGAUGGUCGGCCUCAAGGUAUCAGUUUCCAGCGCACAACUGGCUACUGCGAACAGAUGGAUGUUCAUGAAGGUACCGCGACCGUGAGAGAAGCCCUGGUCUUCUCCGCUCUUCUCCGUCAACCUGAUAGCGUACCACGCGAAGAGAAGAUUGCCUAUGUUGAUCAUAUCAUUGAUCUUCUGGAGCUCGGCGACAUCCGGGAUGCCCUGAUUGGAGUUCCCGGGGCUGGCUUGAGCAUUGAACAGCGGAAGAGAGUGACACUGGGUGUUGAGCUAGUCGCUAAGCCAACGCUUCUCUUCUUGGAUGAACCGACCUCCGGUCUUGAUGGACAGUCCGCGUACAACAUUAUCCGGUUCCUGAGAAAGCUCGUCGAUAGCGGUCAGGCUGUGCUGUGCACCAUUCAUCAGCCGUCAGCGGUCUUGUUCGAUGCUUUCGACUCGCUAGUGCUGCUUGCCAAGGGCGGAAAGAUGACCUACUUCGGAGAGACUGGCGAGGAGUCUCACAAAGUGUUGGAAUACUUUGCAAAGAACGGAGCACCCUGUCCCCCUGACAUGAACCCGGCGGAACACAUUGUGGAGGUUAUCCAAGGUAAUACCGAGAAGCCUAUUGAUUGGGUUGAUGUGUGGAGCCGGUCUGAGGAGCGCGAGCGCGCUCUUGCAGAACUUGAAGCCUUGAACAAGGAGGGCCAAUCACAUGCCGAUUAUGUGGAAGACCAAAGCAACUUUGCAACCCCGGUUUGGUUCCAGUUCAAAAUGGUGCUGCAUCGCCUCAUGGUUCAGCUAUGGCGGUCACCGGACUACAUGUGGAACAAAAUCAUCCUACACGUCUUCGCCGCGCUGUUCAGUGGAUUCACCUUCUGGAAGAUGGGAGAUGGAACGUUUGCGCUACAACUUCGACUGUUUGCUAUCUUCAACUUCAUCUUCGUUGCCCCAGGAUGUAUCAACCAGAUGCAGCCGUUCUUCCUGCACAAUCGCGAUAUCUUUGAGACUCGAGAGAAGAAGGCAAGUCCUGCGAGCACUUUCAUCGGUGCUCAAGCAGUUUCGGAAAUCCCCUACCUGAUUAUCUGCGCCACGCUCUACUUCGCAUGCUGGUACUUUGUUGCCGGAUUGCCCGUUGAUGCGUACAUCUCCGGCCACAUGUACUUGCAGAUGAUUUUCUACGAAUUCCUGUACACUUCGAUCGGACAGGCCAUUGCGGCCUACGCCCCCAACGAGUACUUCGCCGCCAUCAUGAACCCCAUCCUCAUCGGCGCGGGCAUGAUCGCUUUCUGUGGUGUCGUUGUUCCCUACGAUAGUAUCACUCCCUUCUGGCGGUACUGGAUGUACUACCUUGACCCCUUCACCUACCUGGUGGGUGGUCUUCUGGGUGAGGUGCUCUGGGAUGUCAAGGUGCAAUGUGAGCCUUCGGAGUUUAUUCAGUUCAACGCCCCGUCCGGACAAACGUGUGGUCAGUACAUGGCCGAGUUCAUCUCCGAGCAGACGGGCUACCUCCUGGACGCGAAUGCCACCGACACUUGCUCGUUCUGCCAGUACUCGAUGGGUUCGGACUAUGCCAAGACCUUCAACUUGAAGGAGAAGUACUACUCGUGGAGAGAUACUGGAAUUACAGCGUUGUUUUGUAUCACGUCGUAUGGACUGGUGUUCUUGAUGAUGAAGCUGCGGAGCAAGAAGACGAAGAGUGCACGGUCGGAGUAG